AUGCGCACUGGUGAUACGGAGACCCCAAGCGCUGAAGAAGAGUCGGUUGGGCGGAGAGAUGAAGAAACCGGAUCUGGGUGUGACGUGGAAGGCCAGGGUGAAUUGGACGUGAAGAGUGAAGACGAUGACGUGGAUGUGGUGAAUGAUAGCGUCAAUGUGGAUGUGGAGAAUGAUGCCGAGGACGUGGACGUGGACUAUGAUGGCGAGGGAAUGACGAUGGGGAAGUUUCUGUGA